UCCAGAGCGUAUAAUCUUCUGAUAAAUAAGAUAUGCACGCAAGGAUCUCUUCAUUUGUUACGAACCCGUACUACUACCGACCCCUUCAAAUCAGUGGAAUGGUCGCUCUCGCCGCCGCUGCUGCUAUGUUAACCACCAGAGAAGCGUCAGUUGAGGCUUCAAUCAGUCAGACAAACUAAACCUAAUCAUCAGAACGGUCCACUUCAGCUCAAAAACUUCGAGGCGGAGGCAGUACUGUGCACGCAACCACAAGAGACAUAAACCGAAUCAUGCCACACGCAGCUCCACUCCAGCGCCCCUCAGCUCACGCCCAUUCCAAGCUCGGCUCCUAGCUAGGCUAAGCGGCAUGCGUUUCGCCAUGUCGCCCGACAGCCUCCUCCUCUUCUACGCCGCCGCGGCGGCCGUCACCGCCGCCUUCGGCCUCUUCUCGCUGUACAAGCACCUCGUGCGCCAACGGCGGCACCACCCCAGCGCGGACGCACCGGACGGGGACAUGGAGGAGCGCCGGCCGCUCGCGGUGACCACGGUGGCGUCCAGCAUUCUCCCGCCGUUCAUGUACAACCGGCUCGUCCGGCACAGCGGCAAGGGCGACGACGCGGGCUCGACGGAGUGCGCGGUCUGCCUCGGCACCAUCCGGGUCGGCGCCAUGGCCAAGCUGCUGCCGGCGUGCGCCCACGUGUACCACGUCGAGUGCAUCGACCUGUGGCUCGCCGCGCACUCGACGUGCCCUCUCUGCCGGUGCACGGUCGGCGGUGAUCGCUCGGCUCAGGACCUUGCUUGCCUCUCACCUGCAUAGAUUGAUCGACCAUCACAUCCGCAAGAGAUAUCUCUGUACAGCUUUUUUCUGAACUUCGAGAUAAAACCUGCAUGUAUGCCGGUGUAUAUAUAUAGUGUGAACUGUAGACUCGUGUGUUUCACUUGGAGUUGCAUCUCAGCCAUCAGGAUCCCAUGAAGGCAUGAAUUGAUUGCCAAAUUGUACACUUCCAAUGUCA